AUGCCUUCAUUCCCAACGAAGCCUCUGGUCCGCCCUCGGGAAGAUGGGUUACAAUUGAGUUACAAACUGUCGCAUCGCGUGCAUGCCGCUCAAGGAUACCCACUACGAGCCCCAAACGGCGCCUCAAUCAUCGUGUAUGGGAACGAAAAUGGACUCAAGGUUGUAUGGAGAGGCGGACGUCAAUUCUCAGCCCUUCAGAAGUUCGAACCAGCUCGAUCGGAGAGAAACGCCGGCAACAAUGAUGAUUCGGUCAUGAUCCUCGAUUCCGACGACGAAGAUGCGCCUGAUGUCUCCCUAGCUCAAGAAGAGCCCAGAUACGAUUUUGUCAAUGAGGAGACUGAGGUCGACCCGUCAUCUCCCUAUGAGCCUAUUUUGCGACAGAUAGAUAUUCCCUUGGGAAGCAGGGUUCUGCAUUUGGCUAUCCCUCGCGUUACUCCCGAAGAAUCACGAUCGCCUCUUGAUCCCUUUCCGCCUAUCGCGAAAACGACAAUCGUUAUAGCUGCGGUCUGCUCAGACUUUUCGACUCGUAUUGUCACUCUUCCACUCCGCCCUCCUCACCCUGAACAAACCAACCCUAAAGACUGGCACAUUCAAAGCAUCACCCUCAAUGGCGGAGUCACUCAUCAAGAUAUCCCUCGCGGUGUGUCCCUAACCUUCACCUGUGAACUAACAGAGGAGGACCAGAAUCCACCCAAGGCGCGGAGUCGGGCCGAAGCAUCUGGACAAUGGAGUCUUGUUGUGGCCACGCAUUCCGCUGAAGGAUCCGGCCUGCUCUUGGUGCACCGGAUUUCAACUCAUGAGGAGCCAUCUGGCUACUACACCAUCCUGGAAGAUGACCUUGUCUCUCAAAAAAAGAUCCUGCCGUCACCAGCACAAACUAUCGCAUUCAAUCCCUCUACUUACCCUUCCACCCGCCACGCGCACCUACUCGUCGCCUUUCACAGCGGCUGCGUCAAGAUAUUCUCCUGCUUUUCCAUUCAAAGAUCCUCGAGAUCAGCCAGGCGAGCUUCUCUUCCACGGGAGGAGCUUGAAACCAUCGACGGAGAGGGUCGCUGGCUCAUCAGUCUAUACCCUGGCUUCGAGCAAAGCCCGACUGGGCUUUCCCGGCGUAAGACUAUCAUUGAUGCCGCCUGGGUGUUGGGUGGCCGAGCUGUCAUGGUUCUCCUCAUGGACGGCGAAUGGGGCAUAUGGGAUAUCGAGGGAGCAGGCCCCGGGACCGUCAAGGGCCCAUUACACCGCCAGACCAGUGUCCAGGGGGUGAGUGGAGGCUCUCUCACAACCUACGCUGUCAGCGGUCGUAUCGCAUCUCCGCCGUCCAACACACAAUCCGAAGCCGAGUCACGGCCUCGUUUUGCACCUAUGACACCAUCCACCAAGCGAGUUCGCGAAGAUACCUUCCUGAAAGGAUCAAUGAUUCCAUCUAGCCCAUCCCUUCGUGGACAGAUCUCUGUCCUGCAGACCAACCCUCCUCAAGACGCACUUCCGGAUGAGUCCAUCUUACUGCGUCAUGGCCGUCUCAGUGCCAUGAUUCCUAGCCUGCUUUCUCUGUGGCGCAAUGCCGUCCGUACUACUGGUACAAUGGACGCUUCGAACCGGUGCCGCGUGACGCCGUUCCAAGACGGACCGAAUGCCUUUGAUGUCCUCGUUGCCUCCGAACAUCACCUUAUAAUCCUGGCCCCUCGCCUGAUUCAGGAUGAUGAGAAUGUCUCAAGCGCAAUGGUGAAGCAAGAAGCAGCCGACGCCGAUGCAGAACGAGAUCAAGCGAUGCUUCAACGAGGCGAUCUGGAUGUGGAAGGGAUGGGUCGACUGAUCAACGGAAUGGUCAGUGGCUCCAAUCCUUUACGGGUCGGUAGCCCUGUUAAGCGGACCCGCGUUUUCACUUGA